AUGGAAGAAGAUUGCCUGAAAGGGACGGAGAAACUUCUGGCAGAAUUAGGAACUCUAGGAUAUCGGGGAUCAGCCAAGAAAGCACAAAUCUGCAAACGACAGCUCGGACCGUGGAAACAGCCUGUAGCAUACCUGUCUAAAAAACUAGAUCCAGUAGCCACUGGCUGGCCUGCAUGUUUGAAAAUAAUCGCUACAGCAGCAUUGUUAGUCAAAGAUGCGGACAAAUUAACCCUAGGGCAAAAUCUAACCGUGACUGUUCCGCAUGUGCUAGAAAGCAUAAUCCGGCAGCCCCUGCAUCGGUGGCUUACAAAUGCUCGGAUAACUCACUACCAAGCCCUGUUGCUCAACUCCGACCGGGUGACAUUCUCCCCGCUGACCAGUCUCAAUCCGGCCACUUUGCUGCCAGACCCCGAUCUUGAACCCCCAGUGCAUGACUGUCAGCAAGUAUUAGCUGAAGCCCAUGGGUGGCGUAAAGACUUGACUGACCUGCCUUUUCCAGAUGCUGAAGCCACCUGGUUCACAGAUGGAAGCAGCUACCUUGACCAAGGAAAGCAUAAGGCAGGGGCGGCAGUGGUAGAUGGAGAAAAAAUGGUGUGGGCUCAGCCCCUCCCCGAGGGAACCUUGGCACAGAAAUCUGAGCUCAUUGCUCUUACGAGAGCGCUAGAACUGGGGUCUGGAAAGAAAAUUAACAUCUAUACAGAUAGUAGGUAUGCUUUUGCGACGGCACAUGUGCAUGGAGCCAUUUACCAACAAAGAGGACUCCUCACCUCCAAAGGAAGAGAAAUAAAAAACAAGCCGGAAAUCACGGCACUCUUAGAAGCUCUGCACAAACCAGCCAAAGUUGAAAGCUCUCCAGGCAGUCCAAAGGGAAGUGUGGACCCAACUAAAACCAGCCUACGAGCCCGGUACUUCAGAAUACAAUUAAUACCCCGCCUCAUUUAUCAUUCUUAUGACAAAGUCCUGUCCCAACUAAGCCAGUCUCCGCCUCGAGUCAAACGGGAACCCGUGAGUCUGACUAUUUCCCUCUUACUAGGCCUCGGCCUAGGGGCGGUGGGGGUAGCCACAGGGGCAUCCUCACUAGUUCUCCAAAACCAGCAUUACAACAACCUCAGAGAAGCCAUAGACGCAGACUUGGAAGAGAUAGAACAAUCUAUAUCCACCCUGCAAGACUCUUUAACUUCUUUGUCAGAGUAG